AUGAGUUGCCUUGCUUGGAACUGCCGUGGGCUUGGGAACCCACUGGCAGAGGAUGAGCUUGAAACCAUCAUUCGAGCACAAGAUCCCCUAAUUGUUUUCUUGUCGGAAACCUGGUCUAGAAGAAAACGGUUAGAAAAGUUACGGUGUAAGAUCAAAUAUGCAAGCUUGUUCACUGUUCCUAGUCCGGGUAGGGGCGGUGGUUUGGCUCUUUUAUGGAAAUCGAAUAUUUCGGUAUGGGUAGACAGCUUCUCUAAGUACCAUAUAGACGCAGUGGUGAAUGGAACAAGUCCGGAACCUUGGCGUUUCACCGGAUUCUAUGGUGAACCCAACACUCAUUAUAGGGAGGAAGCAUGGAGUAUGUUAAGGAUGUUACGAUCAAAACCGCACUUACCGUGGUGCUGUAUGGGAGACUUUAACGAAAUUCUACAGUCGGAGGAGAAGAGAGGUGGUAGAAUCAGGCCGCAUGCACUGAUGCAAUCUUUCCGUGAUGUGUUGGAUGUUUGCGGCUUUGUGGAUCUUGGCUUCACAGGACCAGAAUUUACGUGGCACAGUAGGAGACACGGUCACCUGAUUUGGGAACGUUUAGAUAGGGGGGUGGCCAACUAUGACUGGCUAGCCAAAUUCCCAGCAGCUCAAGUCCGCCAUCUUCAUUGUUUUUUCUCUGAUCAUCGUCCCAUUAAACUGGUUUUUGAUCCUAACAGUGAGUCACAAAGGUGGUUUCGGCGUCCCUUUCGUUUUGAAGAAAUGUGGCUAGCAGAUAAGGGCUGUAGUGAUACGGUUCUAAGAGCUUGGGAGAUUUCACAAGAAGGCAACCCCAUGUUUAAAGUGUCCAAAGAACUCAAGAGGUGUAAAAAGAUGCUUAGGUCUUGGAGUAAAGAUCAUUUUGGUAACGUCAAGAAACAGAUUGCUAAUAAAAAGGAGAGGCUGUGGAAAGCUGAAGAGGAAGCAGCCAAGGGUGGGAGUUAUGGGAUGGUUGUUCAGUUGUGA